GUAUGUAACUACGCGGGUACCUGCAAGUCAGUAAUAAACUACCGUUCGUUACGCACACUCGUGUUUCAUUGCCACCUAAGUACCUAAUUAUCAUAUACUUCAUUGGCUACGAGUCUGGUGAUAAAGUGACAAUGCCUUCAUAUCUCGGCGAAAUAACAAGUUUUGAUUAUAAAGUGCACGCUUGGGACAUUUUUAAAAAUCGUUUGAAUAACUUUUUUAUCGUGAACAAAAUAACCGAUAAUAAAAGUAACUACCUUCUUACUUAUUUAUCGGACGAUUCUUACCGUUUGGCGAAGAACCUCGUGCACCCAAAGGACAUUGAAACUUUGACCUUCGACGACCUCGUGAAUGCCUUGGAUACCCACUUCACUCCGAAGAGAUCCACAUUUGCUGAUCGGGCUACCUUCUAUAUGGCUACAAAAGAAAGUAGCGAGACUAUGGAAGAGUGGCUAAUUCGUUUGCGAGGAUUAGCUGUAUUUUGUGAUUUCGGAGCGGCAUUAGACACGCUACUUCGCGACCGGUUUAUUCUGGGAUUGCCAGAUGGACCGGAAAGGAACAGAUUGUUCGAGCAGGACGCGAAGACCCUGACGGUUGCGAAAGCGCUAGAGGUGGCUCAGCAACAGGCAUGCGUCAGGAUGGCGAGGACAGCUGUAGGAGGCGACGGGCCCCGCGUGAAGGAGGAGCCGGUGUUCCGCCUGGGCGCGAGCGGCAGCAGGAGCGGCCGUGCGCGCGCCCCGGGCCCGCCGGCAGGACGCGAGGCGAGGCGCGAUGGCGCUGAUUAUCCUAACAGCUGUGAAGUGUGUGGCAUGAAAAGUCACAGUGCAGGUUCUUGUCGGUACAAGAACUAUAAGUGUCAGUGUUGUGGUAAAAAAGGCCAUCUCAAGAAGGUGUGCAGUGAAAGAAAGUGCCGUUCACGGUUAAAUAACAUUACUCAGGUCGAGGCUGCUGAGGAUAGCUCAGGCAGCGAUUGCGACGAAUGCAAAAUGUUCAACAUGAGGUUUCCAAAUUAGACCGGAAGGAGUGUAAUGUAUGUAACUACGCGGGUACCUGCAAGUCAGUAAUAAACUACCGUUCGUUACGCA